AUGGUAUCAGAAGAAAAAGUCAGUUUUGUAAAAGAAUUGGUUGAAGAUAACAAGGUUGUAAUCUUUAGCAAGACCUUCUGUCCCUACUGUAAAGCGACAUUGAAGACGUUCGAUGAAGCCAGGCUCCCAGUAGGAUUAGUUCGUGUGUUGCAAUUGGACAAAUUAGACGAUGGUUCUGAGAUUCAGGACGCCUUGUACGAACUCAAUGGCCAAAAGACUGUUCCUAGUAUCUACAUCUUGAAACGUCACAUAGGUGGAAAUUCUGAACUGCAAAAACUAAAACAUGAGGGUGUUUUGGAGUUCAUUAUGGAGGCAGUCGUCGCUUAG